UUGUUUCUUUAUCUCUUCAAUUUCUUUAUCUCUUUCUUUCUUUAUUCUUUUUUCUUUUUUGUGCUUCUAUCUUUUCUUUAUCUCUUUUUCUUUCUUUAUUUUCUUUUUUCUUUCUUUCUUUUUUUAUCUUUUCUUCUUUUCUUUCUUUUUUGUGCUUCUACACUUUCUUUAUCGCUUUCUUUCUUUCUUUAUCUCUUUCUUUCUUUCUUUUUUGUGCUUCUACACUUUCUUUAUCGCUUCUUUUUUUUGUAUUUAUCUUUCUUUCUUUCUUUUUGUGCUUUCUUUAUCUCUUUCUUUCUUUAUCUCUUUCUUUAUCUUUUCUUUCUUUAUCUCUUUCUUUCUUUCUUUCUUUUUUGUGCUUCUGCACUUUCUUUAUCGCUUUCUUUCUUUCUUUUUUGUGCUUCUACACUUUUAUCUUUCUUUUCUUUCUUUAUCUUUUUUCUUUAUCUCUUUCUUUCUUUAUCUCUUUCUUUCUUUUCAUUCUUUUUUUUUGUGCUUCUUUUCUUUCUUUUUUUUUGUGCUUCUACACUUUUCUUUAUCGCUUUUUCUUUUCUUUCUUUUAUCUUUUUUUUAUCUUUCUUUUUUAUCUCUUUCUUUUUUUUUUGUGCUUCUGCUUUUCUUUAUCUCUUUCUUUCUUUUUUUUGUGCUUCUUUCACUUUCUUUAUCUUUUUCUUUCUUUAUCUCUUUCUUUAUCUUUCUUUUUUCUUUCUUUUUUUGUGCUUCUGCACUUUCUUUAUCUCUUUCUUUCUUUUUUGUGCUUUACUUUUUAUCUCUUUUUCUUUAUCUUUUUCUUUCUUUUCUUUUAUGCUUCUUUCUUUCUUUUUUGUCCUUCUUUCUUUCUUUUUGCUCUCUUUCUUUCUUUAUCUCUUUCUUUUUUUUUUUUUUGUGCUUCUACACAUUCUUUAUCUUUCUUUCUUUCUUUUUUCUGCUUUGUUUUUCUCUUCUUUCUUUUUUUUUUUGUUUUCUUUUUUUUUCUCUUUAUUUCUUUCUUUCUUUCUUUUUGUGCUUCUGCACUUUUCUUUAUCUCUUUCUUUCUUUCUUUUUGUGCUUUAUCACUUUCUUUAUUAUCUCUUUCUUUCUUUCUUUUUUGUGCUUUCUUUCUUUAUCUCUUUCUUUCUUUUCUUUUUUUCCACUUUAUUUUUUUUCUUUAUUUUUUUUUUUUUUUGCUUCUACACUUUCUUUUAUCUCUUUUUUUCUUUUGCUUUUUUUUUCUUUAUCACUUUCUUUAUUCUUUUUUUUUUUUUGCUUUGCAUUUUCUUUAUCUCUUUCUUUUUUCUUUUUUUUGUGCUUCUACACUUUCUUUAUCUUUUUUUUCUUUCUUUUUGUGCUUUUUUUUUUAUCUUUUUUCUUUCUUUUGUGCUUCUUUUCUUUAUCUCUUUCUUUAUUUAUCUCUUUCUUUCUUUCUUUUUUUGUGCUUCUGCACUUUCUUUAUCUUUUUUUCUUUUUUUUUGUUCUUCUACACUUUUCUUUAUCUUUCUUUUUUUUUUCUCUUUCUUUCUUUAUCUCUUUCUUUCUUUCUUUCUUUUUUGUGCUUCUGCACUUUCUUUAUCGCUUUCUUUCUUUCUUUUUUGUGCUUCUACACUUUCUUUAUCUCUUUCUUUCUUUAUCUCUUUCUUUCUUUCUUUCUUUUUUGUGCUUUUUCUUUCUUUCUUUUUUUUUUGUGCUUCUUUUCUUUAUCUCUUUCUUUCUUUCUUUUUUUGUGCUUCUUUUCUUUAUAUCUUAUUUCUUUAUCUCUUUCUUUCUUUCUUUUUUGUGCUUCUACACUUUCUUUAUCUCUUUCUUUCUUUCUUUUUUGUGCUUCUACACUUUCUUUAUCUCUUUCUUUCUUUAUCUCUUUCUUUCUUUAUUUUUUGUUUCUUUCUUUCUUUUUUUUUUGUGCUUCACUUUCUUUAUCUUUUCUUUAUUUCUUUUUUGUGCUUCUACACUUUUCUUUAUCUAUUCUUUCUUUAUCCCUUUUAUCUUUUCUUUCUUUUUCUUUUUUUUGCUUCUACACUUUCUUUAUCUUUCUUUUUUCUUUCUUUUUUGUGCUUCUACACUUUCUUUUAUUCUUUCUUUCUUUUAUCUUUUUCUUUCUUUUUUCUUUUUUGUGCACUUUCUUUAUCGCACUUUUCUUUUUUGUGCUUCUACACUUUUUUAUCUUUUCUUUUUUUUUUGUGCUUCUUCUUUAUCUCUUUUUUUGUGCUUCUUUUCUUUUCUCUUUCUUUAUCUUUUUUUCUUUCUCUUUCUUUCUUUUUUUUUCAUUUUGUGCUUCUCUUUAUCCUUUCUUUCUUUCUUUUUUGUGCUUCUACUACUUUCUUUAUUUUUCUUUCUUUUUUAUCUCUUUCUUUAUCUUUCUUUUUUUGCUUUUUUCUUUCUUUAUCUUUCUUUCUUUCUUUCUUUUUUAUCUUUUUCUUUCUUUCUUUUUUUGUUUUCUUUCUUUAUCUCUUUCUUUCUUUAUCUCUUUCUUUAUCUCUUUUUUUUUUUUGUCUUUCUUUCUUUCACUUUUUUUUUCUCUUUUCUU